GCUUUCUUUGCUGACAUGCAUUAUCAUAUUACGUUUGAACAGCGGAUGUCUUCUCUGAGUAUGGCACCUUCAUCCAGGCUGAAAAACACCAGCGGCAAUGGUAUUGCAGUGGAUAGGUUGCCGGAUGAAAUGAAUGAUAUGAAAAUAAGAGAUGAUAAGGAAGUCGAGGCUGCUGUCAUUGAUGGGAAUGGGACAGAGACAGGCCAUAUAAUUGUAACAACUAUUGGUGGUAGGAAUGGCCAGCCAAAACAGACUAUAAGUUACAUGGCUGAGCGUAUUGUAGGGCAUGGAUCAUUUGGAGUUGUGUUCCAGGCAAAAUGUCUAGAGACUGGUGAAACAGUGGCUAUAAAGAAGGUUCUUCAAGAUAAGAGGUACAAAAAUCGUGAGCUGCAAACCAUGCGUCUGCUUGACCAUCCAAAUGUUGUGUCUUUGAAGCAUUGCUUCUUUUCAACAACUGAAAAGGAUGAGCUAUACCUUAACUUAGUGCUUGAGUAUGUACCUGAGAAUGUUCAUCGUGUAAUCAAACACUACAACAAGAUGAAUCAGCGGAUGCCAUUGAUAUAUGUAAAACUUUACAUGUACCAGAUUUGUAGAGCAUUGGCUUAUAUUCAUGGCAGCAUUGGAGUGUGCCACAGAGAUAUCAAGCCUCAAAAUCUUCUGGUCAACCCACAUACGCACCAGCUGAAACUCUGUGACUUUGGAAGUGCAAAAGUUUUGGUGAAAGGGGAACCAAAUAUAUCAUACAUCUGUUCGAGGUACUAUAGAGCUCCGGAGCUUAUAUUUGGUGCCACCGAGUAUACAACAGCAAUUGACAUUUGGUCUGCUGGCUGUGUUCUUGCUGAACUCCUUUUGGGACAGCCUCUCUUUCCUGGUGAGAGUGGAGUUGAUCAACUUGUGGAAAUUAUCAAGAUUUUGGGUACACCAACGAGAGAAGAAAUCAAAUGUAUGAAUCCAAAUUACACAGAAUUCAAAUUUCCCCAAAUCAAGGCUCACCCUUGGCAUAAGGUCUUCAACAAAAGAAUGCCACCUGAAGCGGUGGAUCUCGUCUCUAGGCUUCUUCAGUACUCCCCAAACUUACGAAGCACAGCUCUGGACGCAUUGAUUCAUCCAUUCUUUGAUGAGCUUAGGGACCCAAACACCCGUCUGCCAAAUGGCCGAUUUCUCCCUCCACUCUUUAACUUCAAGCCUCAUGAGUUGAAGGGAGUUCCUAUGGAGAUGGUAGCCAAGUUGAUUCCGGAGCAUGCAAGAAAGCAAUGUGCCUUCCUAGGGUUGUAAUUUGUUUAAUUGGAUAGUAUUAGCAAAUAGCUCGUGUACCUAUGCAAGUUAAAGCAGAAAUGUGACCAUGUGAAUUUCUCGUGUUAGUUGCACUUGUGAUCUUGCCAAACAUUCAUUUGUUUGUUGUUGUUUUUUUUGUACUUUUACUACUGCCUAGUUAUGUAAAUCUGAUUGGUGAGGGUCUACUAUGUUUCUCCUAAAACCUCGAUGGGUCUCUCCGCCAACCCUUGCUUUGAUCCACGCCUCGUAACAUCAUGGGAGCAAAAACUGUUUCUGGUUGGUUUCUAAAUUUGAAAAAAGAGGAUGCAAAUCUUUUGUUGGUGCAG